AUGGGCGACUCCAGCGACUUCGUCCGCCUUCACAUCACGCCGCUUGAUGCCGAGCUGAUCAAGGUCGUGGUUCCCGCCUCAGUACUGCCGACCGCUCGCAAUAUUUCCUACCAUACGCUUGAGACAUUUCCGGAAAGGCGAUACGGAUUUGUUGAACUACCCGAGGCGGAUGCGGAGAAAUUGAGAAAGAAGCUGAACGGGACGACGCUCAAGGGCUGCAAGAUGCGGAUUGAAAAGGCCCGCCCAGAGACGCGGCUGGAGCCGAAUGGAGAUGAGGAAGAGGUUCCUGAAAAGAAGAGAAAAUCAUCCAAGAAACGGAAGAGAGAGCCAGACGUCUUGGAGGGCGUGGCGCUGCAUGACCGCCAAGUAAAGCGAGGAUGGACCGAGACGCCGACAACAACCAAGAGGAGAGACAGGAAGGACAAGGACAAGGAGAGCAAGGAGAAGAAGAAGGAAAAGGAAAAGAUGAAGCGACCCAAGUCCAAAUACACAGAGGGAGAGGAGUGUCUGUUGAAGACAAAGUUGCCGCCAAACACGAUGAAGAACCUGGCCCCCGAGGAGCUGGAGCACAAGAAGAGGAGCAAGAAGAAGGGCAGUUCACGGCAGGUUGUCAUUCACGAAUUUGAAAAGACGACGAAAUUCCCGAGCUUCCUCAAGGCUGCUACGGCGACCGACCGGAAAACAGCGACUGAAUAUGUCAAGGGGAAAGGAUGGGUCGAUGAGGAGGGCAACGUCGUGGAAGAAGUAAAGGAGAAAGAAAAGGCGAAACUACCACAGCGGCCGAAGAAGGCGCCCCAGCCCAGGAAAAUGUCUGAGGAGCCGGAAGAUGAUGACAGCACGAGCAGCAGUGGCACUUCAUCAGAGGGCACAUCGUCUGAAGAGGAAUCUGAGGCAGAGUCUGAGGCGGAGUCUGAAGAGGAGGUUGAGGCAGAAGUUGAAAAAGAGGCUGCAGAGGUUCCCGUUCAAGCCGCAACCAAGUCUCAGGACGAAGAGGAGAAAGAUGACGACAGCGAUUCUUCAAGCGACGAUACAAGCGACAGUGACUCGUCAAGGGAAGAGGAAGAGGACGAGUCUCCCAAGGUAGCAGAAAAAACAACGCCGACAACCUCCAAGACGAAUGCUCCCAAAUCCACUCCGGCAAGCAACAAACCCCUGGCCAUCAAGAUUCCGCCUCCCGAGACACCCUCAGCUGGAACAGUACACCCCCUAGAGGCUCUAUAUAAGCGGCCGAAACCUGACAACGAGAAUCCCACCUCAGUCCCCAAGGAAGAACCGUUCAGUUUCUUUGGUGGAGGCGAAGACGAAGAAGAGUCCGAAGCUGCACCCGCUGGUCUUGUGCCCCCCAUGACGCCCUUUACCAGCCAAGACUUUGAAUGGCGCAACGUCCGAAGCGCCGCCCCUACGCCAGACACGGCUCAUCCGUCGCGCAUGCAGCGCUUCUGGGGAGCUUCGCCGGAGAAAGACGUCGAGAUGGAAGACGACGUGGCGAAUGCCUUGCAGGAGGAGGAGCAGGAAGACGAAGAGGGAGAAGGCGAUGAUGACGGAAGCCCUGUGCACGGGAGACAGACUGCCACGACCGAUUUCCAGAAGUGGUUCUGGGAGAACAGGCGAGAUUUGAACAAAUCGUGGAUGACGCGCAGGAAGACGGCGGCUAAGGAGAAGAGACACCGGGAGAAUAAGGCACGGGCAUCAAAGGCGGUAUGA